AUGGCAGCCGCCUCAUCCCCCCAAGAUAUCCCCAUGCCCGACACGCAAACACCGCCUGCAAUCCCUACAAGCACAUCCGAUUCCGAAGAGCCAAAAUACGGAGGCUUCACGCGCUUCGAAGUCGAACUAGAGUUCGUACAAUCCCUCUCCUCCCCCCUCUACCUCAACCACCUAGCCUCGCAAAAAUACCUCGAAAACCCAGCCUUCGUCGCUUACCUCUCCUACCUGCAAUACUGGGCCCUACCCCACUACGCCAAAUACCUCAUGUACCCGGGCCCGACGCUGAAGAAUCUCGAGUUGUUGCAGCAGGAGCGGUUUAGGGCCGAUGUGCUGAGUCCGGAUGUGGUGGGGGGGUUGAUGGAGGAGGGGAUUAGGGCGGCGGAGGCUUGGAGGGGUAGUUAG